AUGGAGAUUGUGGAAAUACUACUAGAGACUUGUCGAGAAGGGUGGAUGAUUAAUAGGGCUGAAGCGUUGAGCUCCCUUAAACUGUUCAGGUCAACCUUCAUCAUCAAGAACGAUAAAAACGUACCUGCUGAAAUUUGCAGCAGUGCAGCUACCACUGGACUAGGGGAUAUCUCCGAUCUUAGCAUGAACGGUGAAUCGUUACGAACACCAAGCAAAGAAGCCAUGGGAAAUCCGGGGGAUAGCAAAAAGGUCGGACCAAGUAGACAGAUGGAAGAGGUAACAAAAAAGAGUCUCGAUAACCAUAAGGACAAUAGCAGUCACGAGCGUCGAUCGAUUGCUUGCAACAAUCAACAACAUAGGUCACAAGAAGAGAAACUUUUUGAUAGAAACUAUGGCGGACCAUUCUAUGGCAGUCAAAAAAUUCGCUCGAGCUCACACAAUUUCAAACACGCGGUCCGAAUUGAUUUUUUUGAUUUGGGAGCAUACAAGCAGUGGGUAAAGGACCCAACGCCCUUUUAUGACGUCAGUGUACAGAGAGAGAUUUUGCAAGAGGCUCAAGCUGUAUUGGAAGAAUCAGGCUUCGAAUGUUUGAGACAAAUGCCCAGUAAUCAUAACUUAUUGGAGAGGAGGGGCUGGAGGCAAUGCGGACAUGCGGAAUUACAGGAGUUCCAUAAAAUGUGGCCCCCGGCAUGCCUCGAUGAAUCAAAACUGUUCCUACAUCCCUGCGAGACGAAAGAUUAUAUCUGGACGACUCUUAGGGAAGUUCAGCAAGUCCGCCACAGCAAUGCGCACCAUACCGUUAAUAUCCCAAUCGUCAUGAUCAGACAAAUGCUUGACGACAACAUUUCGUUGACAAAAAUGCUAGGCCAUAAACAAGCAUGGAAGAGUUUGAAUAAGAUUUUGCAAAAACUCGAAGUAGAGGCGCAUUGGAACUUCAAACCACCAUCUCCAAUACAAUGUUGCCGGAACAAACUUCGGAGGAUUGCAAAGAAGUACGACAGGAACGAGUCGGAAAAUGGAUAUCUAGCGAAAGAGUUGAAUCACGAAGCCAAAUCAAAGAAUAAUGAAUACAGAGAUCGUAAGAGUAUAGAUCGACAGUAUCAGGAUUGUGAGUACUCAUCCCUUAAAUAUUUACCGCGAAAGAGCUAG